AUGCCGACUACGAGAAGCCAAGCCCCGGGAGCAGAGAAAAAGACCACGCGGGAAAAUGAACAGACAGAAGCGUCCCCUUCAGAAACCACGCAGAUGUCCGCGUCCGCCGCGCCGUCGAGCGCGCCACAGGCACAAGCCGCCCGCGCCGCGUUUACCUCGGACUCCGCACCGGCGCCACCGUCGCAGCCGCCGACGACAGAUGUACGUCCGGCCCGGGCCGCGUCGGUGCGAUCGCGCCGGUCUACCGCUAGCGGUAUAGCUAAAUUAAAGAGGCUGGAGUACGAGGCAGCGCUACAGAUGGCGAAAUUACAGGCUGAUUUAAUUAGAAAGAAGUUGGCAGGCGAUGUCGCCGCGGUACAUGAAGAGACCGAUAGAGAUAGCGUGUGCUCCGAGGAAGGUGCCGGCCUGCAACGUAUAACGGAUUGGUUUCAACGUACCGAAGUACGGGGGGAGCAGAGAAUUAAUUCCCCACCGCCUACGCAGAAAGAGCCAACAGAAAGGCAAGCUUCACCGCCGAGGACGCCGAAGCAAAGACGGAGGUCCCCCGCUCCUGAAGCCGGGAUGCAAGAAGGAUUCACCCGGCUGGCCAAAGCUAUUGAACGAGCUGUGGACGAACGAGCGGAUAGGGUAGCGCCGAGGCAAGCCCAAGAUCUCCCGACCUUCAGCGGCGAAGCAAGUGAAUGGCUAGCGUUUAAGGCGGCCGUAGACCAGUCUACAAAGACGUACAGGAUCACACCAGCGGAGAACCUGGCCAGGCUGAGGGCCUGCUUACGUGGAAAAGCGAGAGAGACAGUCGCAGCGUUACUCGUAUCCGCUACAGAACCGUCGCAGAUCAUGAGGACGUUGGAGCAGCGGUACGGCCGGACAGAGGCCAUCAUCGACCGCGCCCUCAAAGAUCUGAGAAGGAUGCCGGUAAUAGGAACAUCGACAACAGAGGUGAUUGACUUCGCCAUUAAACUACAGAACAUCACCACCAUCGUCGCGGAUAUCGACAGGGGGGCGAGAUUCCUACAUAAUCCCGCGCUUGAGAGUGAAGUGUCAGAGAAGCUGACCCCUCACUUACAGGUCCACUGGUGUCACUACGCUGAAAAAAACAAGGAGGACACUAGACCUACGAUCAUCAAGAUGGCAGAGUUUUUAAUGAGCGAAGCCGAUCUCAUGACCCGACAUCUGCGAAUAGCAUCACCAACGAGACGAACGAGCGCGCUACCCACGAAGCAGCCCACGAAGCAACCCACUAGGCAACCCAUACCGAAAGCAACGAUGUCGGCACCUCGGCGACAGAUGACGGAUCGUGGCGCAGCCGUAUACGCCGCCGUAGAAAGGAGCGAACAGAGUACCGAAUGUCUCUGUUGCGGCGCCGCACACGUAACGCCGAAGUGUAAGAAGCUGAACGACAUGUCGUUAUCGGACAGAUGGGAGUGGGCGAAAACAAAUAAGAUGUGCUUCCAAUGCAUGAACAGCACGCACAGAAGGUUCAAGUGUAAGGCACGCAAAUGUGGUGUGAGAGAGUGUCGUAAGCCACACCACGCCCUGCUGCACCCUCCAGAAGAGCCGCCGAAGCGACAAGAGGACACCGCGAUUACAGCCGCAGCACGCUUGCCAGAGAACAGCCAAGUGUUGUUAAAGGUGUGUCCCAUCAUCGUGAAAGGCAAGACGGGAUGCGAAGUAGAGACGUACGCGAUGCUAGAUGAAGGCUCGACGGUUACACUCAUCGAUGCGGAGAUCGCAGAACAGAUCGGAGCCGAAGGUCCGACGCGAUCUCUGAGAAUUCAGGGAGCGGCCUCGAGCUGGCACGAAGCCUCAAGCCGAGUGGCUGAUGUCAUCAUCAGAGGGCGACACCAUACGGACGAAGAACACUCGGUGAGGGCGCGUACGAUCCGGGAUCUCACCCUAGGAACGCAGCGAGUGAACCCGGAAAUACUCGCGUACGGACACCUGCGACAACUCACUUGCGAGCAAGUGUGCUACGAAGAUGCCAGACCCAAGGUCUUGAUCGGGUCAGACAACUGGCAUCUGAUUGUUACGCGGAAGCUGCUCACAGGAAGGCACAAUCAACCCGCAGCGUCGCUGACACGACUGGGAUGGGUCAUCCACGGAACGGUACCCAGAAGUGUCGUGGAAGACGAGGAACAUGUCCUCCACGUGCGGUUGACACAGCGCAACGCCGAGCCAGACAUGCGGCAUAUAGAGGGCAUAAUAAAAGCGCAUUACGACAUCGACGCGUUGGGUAUAUCGUCGAAGAGAUUACCCAUUGCUAAGGAGGAGCGCGCCGUCGCCACAUUCAACCGCACAGCGACGAGAGUGGAUGGGCGAUACGUCGUAGGAUUGCCGUGGGAGAGAGAUAACGUCGCUCUACCUCCCAGCUACGACAUGGCAGCGAGCCGACUGAGGGGAAUAGAGCGGCGGAUGGAUCGCUCUACGGAAUUCCGGCUGGCGUAUACCGCGGAGAUAAACAAGUUGUUGGACAAGGGUUACGCCGAGGAAGUAACCGACGACCGGUUCAACAACGACCGCGCGUGGUACCUUCCCCAUUUCGGAGUGACGAAUCCGAAUAAACCCGGAAAGCUGCGACUCGUAUUCGACGCCGCGGCCCGUUCGAAGGGAAUGUGCUUGAACGACGUACUGCUGGAUGGGCCAGAUAUGCUACGGUCGCUUAACGGUGUGUUAUACCGUUUCCGCGAGAGGCCCGUAGCUAUCACGGCGGACAUACGAGAGAUGUUCCUGCAGAUUAAGAUACGGGAAGAAGAUAGAGCAGCACAACAGUUUCUGUGGCGAGGAGAUGACAGGAUUAACCCGCCGCAGAAAUACGUAAUGACCUCAAUGAUUUUCGGGGCGAGGAGCUCACCGUUCAUCGCACACAGCGUUCGAGACAGGAACGCGGCAGAGCACCGAGAGUCGCACCCGUCAGCGUACACCGCCAUAACAAGGAACCACUACAUGGACGACUGGGUCGAUAGCUUUGACUCCGAAGAGGAAGCAGCCCGCGCCAUACGAGAGGUAGUAGAGGUUCAUGGCGGGAUAGGAUUCACGCUGGCGGGUUGGAAUACAAACCGACCGAGCCUGCUAGAGAAUGUGAGUGAGGACCAGCGAGCGAGGACGCCGAAGGAACUGGGAGCCAACGCACAUCCAUACGGAAAGACAUUGGGGUUAUUGUGGAUGUCAGCCGAAGACCAGCUGGCGUUCAACACCGGCAUGCCACGCGUCCUACGAGAAGUGAAGCACGGCACGCGGAUACCGACGAAAAGGGAAGCCUUAGGAGCGGUGAUGUCAUUGUUCGACCCGCUCGGGCUGCUGAGCCCUUACACCAUCACGGCAAAAAUCAUCUUGCAGGCGCUGUGGGUGCAGAAGGUCGAAUGGGAUGGCCCUCUGCCCGCCGAGGAAGCGCGGACGUUCCAGGAACGGAGAGACGACCUAGCGUAUAUAGAGGAACUAAGAUUGCCGCAAUGGUAUGGCACGAACGACAGCCAACGGUCGCAACUGCACGUAUUCACGGACGCAAGCGAACAGGCAUAUGCCACAGCCGCGUAUUGGAGGACGGAACGCGAGGAUCGUAGCGUUAACGUCGUCCUGGUAGCAGCCAAAGCGAGGGUAGCGCCCAUGAAAGCGCAGAGUAUACCCCGGAUGGAGCUUCAGGCGAGCCUGAUAGGAGCCCGACUGGCCGCUGACAUAUUGAAAGAACAUAGUCGCGAGGCCGAAGUCUUCCUAUGGACGGACUCGAAAACGGUGCUACACUGGAUAAGGAACGACACCGUCAGAUAUACUCCAUACGUGGCUCAUCGUUUGGCAGAAAUCGCCGAACUGACGAAACCGACACAGUGGCGCUGGGUACCGACUGCCCACAACGUAGCCGACGACGCGACCCGCGCGGGAUACACACAAAUGACCGCUGCCGACAGAUGGUUUGUCGGGCCGGCAUUUCUGUACGCUCCGGAGCAAGAAUGGCCUCAUGAGAGCGAGCCCGUCCCAGCAGAGAUGGUAGCACACGUCCGGGAGGAGACAGAACCCGUGAUCGACAUUGCACGGUUCUCUUCAUAUGACCGAGUGAGGAGGACCAUGGCGCAAGUGCUACUGUUCGCAGAUAAAUGCAGGCGACGGGCACAGAAGCUAGGCACAGAGCAUUUCGCCAAAGCGGAGCAACUAAUAAUACGGCAGGCGCAACAGGACAGUUUCCCGAAGGAAACGCGGUGUCUACGCGAAGGAAAGACCGUAGACAGGACAAGUCGUCUGUUCCGCCUGGAUCCCGUUUACAAGGAUGGCAUAAUACGCUUGAACGGACGUAUAAACGCAGCACAGGUGCCGCUAGAAAUGAAGAAUCCACCCAUACUGGACGGAGCGCACCCGUUGGCGCAGAUGAUGAUUAAGAGAGAACACGAGUUACAUCAUCAUGCCGGCAGAGAACAGACGGUGAACACCCUGCGCCAAUACGUGUGGAUGCUGCGUUUAAGGCCGACCGUCAAGACCGUAUUAGGCAAAUGCACAACAUGCGCCGUACGCCGGAGGAACCCCGACAUCCCAGUGAAAGGGAACUUGCCAAAGGAGCGACUCGACGCAUACGCCCGGCCGUUUUCAAGAUGCGGUAUGGAUUGUUUCGGGCCUAUGUGGGUGACGAUAGGUCGCAGGCGAGAGAAGCGAUGGGGGCUCCUAUUCACGUGUAUGGUCACCCGGGCCGUGCAUAUAGAACUCAUAGCGGGGUUAUCGACCGACUCUGCUAUAAUGGCGAUACGACGCAUGGCAGCGCGUCGCGGCUGGCCACGAACCUUUAUGUCGGACAACGGAACGAACUUUCGCGGAGCCGACGUGGAGCUUACGACUGCGUUUAAGGAAUGGCUCCCUGAACUGGAAAAGUACGUCAGCAACAAGAGGAUAAACUGGCGGUACAGCGACCCGGGCGCACCGAACCAAGGAGGAGCGUGGGAGCGACUGAUAAGGAGCGUGAAGAGAGCGCUAGCAGUGGUACUGCACGAGCGGGCGCCGAGAGAAGAGGUGCUCGCAACGCUAAUGACGGAAGCAGAACACACCGUCAAUUCACGCCCCUUAACCCACGUCUCAGUGCGACCCGAGGACGAAGAGGCGCUGACCCCCAACCAUUUUCUGAUGGGCUCAGCCGUCGGCCUACCGUACGUAGGUACCACCGACGUUGCCGACCGCAGAACGUGGCGCGCAGCACAGGCGCUCGCGGAUAGAUUCUGGCAGCGGUGGUUACGAGAAUACCUACCGACGCUGACGCCCAGAGACGACGUACGACGGAGCACGGCAAACAUCAAGCCGGGCGACAUGGUUUUAAUAGUGGACGGCCUGCUACCUCGCAAUCUGUGGCCGCGCGGGCAAGUGGAGCGCACCUAUGAGGGGCCCGACGGCGUGGUGCGAAGUGCGGACUGCGACUUGAAAAAGAACCAUUUUGUAUUAGAGGAAAAAUUGCGACCCCCAUUUACGUACAAAGAAAUAAACAUAACAAUAAAAGCGAAAUGGACUGGCAAGAUACCCACGGUGAAGUUCCGGCAACGUAAUUUUUAA